AUGCGUUCUGUCCUUGUUGCUGUGUUGUUGAUUGCUUGUGCCGCUGUUGUGUUGGCUCAAGAGUACAAGCCUUUGGCCGAGAGUGAAAUGAAGAAGCUCUUCAUCAAGUUCUCUAGAAAACAUGCCAAACUCUAUGGUACUGAAGAACAUAAUUCUAGAUAUCAAAUUUUCAAGGCCAACGUUGAGAAGGCCAGAUAUUAUAACCAUGUUGGCAAGAGAGAAAACUUCGGUAUCACCAAGUUUGCUGAUUUGACUCCAGAAGAAUUCAAGAGAAUGUUCUUGAUGAAGACUUACACUCCAGAGGAAGCCAAGAAGAUUUUGGGUGCUCCACAACAAGUUGUUGUUUCUGAAAAGGAUAUCCAAGCUGCUCCAACCUCCUUCGACUGGAGACAACACGGAGCUGUUACUCCUGUCAAGAAUCAAGGUGCUUGUGGUUCAUGCUGGACUUUCUCCACCACUGGUAACGUUGAAGGUCAAUGGGCCAUCAAGAAGGGUAAACUUGUCAGCUUGUCUGAACAACAAUUGGUUGACUGUGAUCACAACUGUGUCACUUAUCAAAACCAACAAGCUUGUGACUCUGGUUGCAAUGGCGGUUUGAUGUGGUCUGCCUUCCAAUACAUCAUCAAGAACGGUGGUUUGGUCACUGAGGACUCUUAUCCAUAUGAAGGUGUUGAUGACACUUGCAGAUUCAACAAGAGCAACGUUGUUGCCACCAUCUCCUCUUGGACCUCAAUUCCAAGCGACGAAACUCAAAUGGCUGCUUGGCUCGCUGCUAACGGACCAAUCUCCAUUGCUAUCAAUGCUGAAUGGUUGCAAUACUACACUUCUGGUAUCUCUGAUCCAUGGUUCUGUAAUCCUCAAGAUUUGGACCACGGUGUUUUGAUUGUUGGUUAUGGUGUUGGUAAGAGCUGGCUCGGAUCCGAAGAACCAUACUGGAUUGUUAAGAACUCUUGGGUUCAGAUUGGGGUGAAGAUGGAUAUUUCCGUAUUAUUCGUGGAAAGCAAGCUGUCAUCUCAUCACAAACAGGAAAAGUCAUCAUCAAAAACCGAUCAUAAUCAUCCAGCAACAAAUGGAAGCAAUCCCGAUCACCAUUCAUCAGUUAAAAAAGCUUUCCGAGAGAAACCACUGUUGCAACGAUUUAGAGAAUGUAGCAACAAGCCUCGCCGACGAAUUGAAAAACCAACGGUAUGCACAUGGAAUUCCGAACAACUACAGGCUUUAAUUAAAACUUUUCAAGAAUAUGAAAAAGCAGCACUCGAUGACGUGGAACCAACAUCCCAAGAACAAGACUAUCAAAUUAAUGCAGUAUCCAUUGAAAAAACAUGCGUGAUUUAUGAUCACAUUGGAGGCACCUAUCGAACGAAGAGGAUUGAAAUUCCAUUGGUUUCGUCGUUGUCUUUUAUUACCAAUGAAAAACACCAUACAUCAAGCUCGGAAUCUCCAUCACUUCCCAACACACCGCCAGCUCUCCUUUCCAGAUCAUCAUCAACAUCUUCGAUCAGCACCACUAAAAGUAACACUUCCACGACUUCAUCCAAAGCAACCACAUCAGGCAUGAAAGUAAAAAAGAAAAAGAAUCCAUUUAUGAAAGUUUAUAAGAAAUUAAAAUUGAAAAUUGCAAACCCUGAAAAGAAUAUUGCCAAGCCUGAGUUGAUAGAAAAGUAUUUUCCAAAUUUAAAAUUACCUGACGAUUUUGUGUACAUUUUAGAGAAUGAAAGAAGUUCUAAAACACUCCCAACAGCUCAUAACGAUAAUCGAUGUAACUGCACCAGCAAAUGUGUGAAGCAUGAAUGUUUGAAUUACUUGUCACAAGUGGAGUGCUCUUCAGAUUGUCAGUGUGGCUCGCUGUGUGACAACAAAAUGUUUACCAACAUGCAGUAUCCAAAUAUUGUUUGCUUUUACAGCAAAGGUAAAGGAAUUGGUGUAAAGUGCAAUCAACCCAUCAUCAAAAAGGGAGAAUUCAUCACUGAGUAUGUUGGAGAAGUAAUCUCAAUCAAAAGAUUUGAAAAAAGAACAAGCAGAAAAUAUCACAAAUCUCUUCACCACUACUGCAUGAAUUUAAAUGAGAAUGAAAUUAUUGACGCAACAUGGAUGGGAAAUAUUGGAAGAUUUAUAAAUCACU